AUGACCCUUUUCAUUAGGAUAGACGAAAUAGAAGGAACUCGGGGCUUGUCAGAUCCGUGGAAACGCGUUGGCCAGUUUAUGCCCCACCUGUGCGAAAAUCUACCUGAGAAGCUGAAUUGUGGCACUUGUUGUAUGAUCUGUUCCCCAUGGAUUCCUUCCUUUCUUCGUUCAUUCGUUCCUUCCUUCCUUCCUUCGUUUCUUCCUUCCUUUCUUCGCAAUCUGUUCCGAUCUAUCUAUCUAUCUAUCUAUCUAUCUAUCUAUCUAUCUAUCUAUCUAUCUAUCUCACCAUGUUCUGAGAGGCUUAAUUUGUGGCACUUAUCUAUCUAUCUAUCUAUCUAUCUAUCUAUCUAUCUAUCUAUCUAUCUAUCUAUCUCACCAUGUUCUGAGAGGCUGAAUUUGUGGCACUUGUUGUGUGAUCUGUUACCCCAUGUAUUCCUUCCUUCCUUCCUUCCUUCCUUCGCAAUCUGUUCAUUAUCUAUCUAUCUAUCUAUCUAUCUAUCUAUCUAUCUAUCUAUCUAUCUAUCUCACCAUAUCUAUCUAUCUAUCUAUCUAUCUAUCUAUCUAUCUAUCUAUCUAUCUCACCAUGUUCUGAGAGGCUUAAUUUGUGGCACUUUUUGUAUGAUCUGUAUACCUUCCUUGCUUCCUUGCUUCGCAAUCUGUUCAGAUCUAUCUAUCUAUCUAUCUAUCUAUCUAUCUAUCUAUCUAUCUAUCUAUCUAUCUAUCUAUCUCACCGUGUUUUUAUCUAUCUAUCUAUCUAUCUAUCUAUCUAUCUAUCUAUCUAUCCAUUUCUAA